GAAAGGUUUGGUGCAUCGGCGGAGACCGGGAGGCUGCCAGGACGCGAUCCGGAGUUGAAAUAUAGUUUGGUUCUUUACGCUUUGUGGCCUCCCAAGGAUCGGCUGCGACCAUCCCGCCCUCUUCUUCAUCACCCUCGUCACUAUCAUCCUCGUUUCAGACCGGCGAACGGCGGUAAUCCUUACGUCCCGUUGCAUUGAUUGCGGUCCACGGCGCAGCGCAAGACGAACCCCCGGCGAAGAUGUCUGGCUAUCAGGGCAAGAAGAACAUCCCCCGCAUCACAAGUGACCGUCUCCUGAUCAAAGGAGGGAAGAUCGUGAACGAUGACCAGUCCUUCUGUGCUGACAUCUACAUGGAGGAUGGAGUCAUCAAACAAAUUGGGGAAAACCUCAUCGUGCCCGGCGGGGUAAAAACCAUUGACGCCCACGGUCGCAUGCUGAUGCCGGGCGGCAUCGACGUGCACACGCGUUUCCAGAUGCCCGAUCGAGGUAUGACGUCCGCCGAUGACUUCUACCAGGGCACCAAGGCGGCGCUGGCCGGAGGCACCACCAUGAUCAUUGACCACGUGGUCCCCGAGCCUGGCCUCAGCCUCAUCUCGUCCUUCGAGCAGUGGCGCGAGUGGGCCGACAGCAAGUCCUGCUGCGACUACUCGCUGCACGUCGACAUCACCGAGUGGCACAAGGGCAUCCAGGAGGAGAUGGAGACGCUCGUGAAGGAUCACGGUGUCAACUCCUUCCUCGUCUACCUGGCCUAUAAGGAUAUUUUCCAGCUUACUGACGCUCAGGUGUACGAGGUGUUCAGUGUGAUCCGCGAUCUGGGAGCCAUCGCCCAGGUGCACGCCGAGAAUGGAGACAUUGUAGCUGAGGAGCAGCGCAGGAUCCUGGAGCAGGGCAUCACCGGACCUGAGGGACACGUGUUGAGCCGUCCUGAGGAGGUGGAGGCAGAAGCUGUAAACCGCUCUGUGACUGUGGCCAAUCAGACCAACUGCCCCCUCUAUGUCACCAAGGUGAUGAGCAAGAGCGCCGCUGAUGUCAUCGCUCAGGCCAGGAAGAAGGGCACUGUGGUCUACGGAGAGCCAAUCACUGCGAGCCUGGGAACAGACGGCUCUCACUAUUGGAGCAAGAACUGGGCCAAAGCGGCUGCCUACGUCACCUCCCCUCCCCUGAGCCCCGACCCAACCACACCAGACUAUCUCACCUCCCUGCUGUCCUGUGGAGACCUGCAGGUGACAGGAAGUGCGCACUGUCCCUUCAACACUGCCCAGCGCGCUGUGGGCAAAGAUGACUUCAGUUUGAUUCCUGAAGGCGUCAACGGCACUGAGGAGAGGAUGUCUAUCAUCUGGGAUAAGUGUGUGGUGACGGGUAAGAUGGACGAGAACCAGUUUGUGGCAGUGACCAGCACCAACGCUGCCAAGAUCUUCAACCUGUACCCCCGCAAGGGCCGCAUCGCCGUGGGCUCGGACGCUGACCUGGUGCUGUGGGACCCAGACUUCACAAAAAUUAUCUCCGCCAAGAGCCACAACUCGGCUGUGGAGUACAACAUCUUUGAAGGCACAGAGGUGCGUGGCGGGCCUCUGGUGGUGAUCAGCCAGGGCAAGAUCGUCCUGGAGGAAGGGACCCUCCACACCACUGAGGGCUCGGGACGCUAUGUUGCCCGAAAACCUUUCCCUGACUACGUCUACAAGAGGAUAAAAGCGCGCAGCAGGCUGGCUGAGCUGAGGGGUGUGCCCAGAGGACUGUAUGACGGCCCGGUCUGCGAGGUGUCGGUCACACCUAAAGCCAUGACUCCUGCCUCCUCUGCCAAGACCUCACCGGCCAAGCAGCCCAACCAGCCCGUCCGUAACCUGCAUCAGUCUGGAUUCAGCCUAUCGGGCGCUCAGAUUGACGACAACGUUCCUCGCCGGAACACCCAGCGCAUCGUGGCGCCGCCGGGCGGCAGGGCCAAUAUCACCAGCCUGGGUUAGAGCUCCGGCCGUGGCCGCUGAGGAGGAAAAGGAGAUCCGAGGGAGGACGGCCAACAGGAGCUGAGGGGUCAAGAAACCACGUCAUGACAUCGGGAGCAGAACCCUUCGCCGCACCUGAGCGGGCCGUCCGUCAGCCUCGAUCUUUCGCCUCCUCCUGCGCUGCGCUUCACGUACCCACUCUCCUCCUCCCCACGCCCUGAUCCCAGAGGACACAGUCAGAAACAAAAACAUAAAAAAGUCUGCCUCAUAUGACGAAAAAAAAGAGAAAAAAAAAUGAAAACACUCCUUAUUUGAGCACUUUCGACGACAUUAUUUCGUUUUUUUAUACCGUACUUUCUCCCUGCCAUGUAUCCUUCUGAUGUUUGUUUUACUAUUGUUUUAAUAGGGGGGUCAAGUGAGGCUAAACUGAAUUGAUGCAGUUAAGAAAAGAGGAUAGUUUUCAUGCAGGAUGACCGUUGUAUUUUCAUUCUUUCUCAUCAUUUUUGUUCAUUUUUGGGGGUAGUUUAAACAGACCAUUGGUACAAAGCCGGUAUUGUUUUUCUUCCUUGUCUUAGAUAGGCCAAAUAGUAGGUUGCGUGAAAUUGAACAGUCUUACAGUUUAUUUAGCAGACAAGAAGCUAAUGCGUCCUUCGAGCUGUUGAGUAUCUGUUGCAUUUCGGUUGCUUCACUUUCCAGUGCAUCGCCAUCUGUCAAACUGUGCUACUAUCAAUAUCCAACUGAUUAUUCGCCAUUAGGACGGCCUUAAAAUUUGAACUAUGAAACAGCUCAAUCUUUUAUUAGGAUUAUAAAGUCUUGCUGCACUGGCUCUCGUCUCAUUUUUUCCCACCUGUGGUUUUGCUAAGGUACAUAAGUAAGAAAGCGUAUUCCAUACUUGGCAGCUGCCUUACAGCUUGUGAUUCUUGUGCAGCAGAAGGAACCUUGGCAGGUAGUAAAUGGAGCUUUAUGCCUCAUCUCGGAGCACUAGGGCAUCGUGAAGCGUGAGAAUUGAAGGAAAGAUUUAGAGAGGAAAGAGAAAGUUGUAUUCGCUGUCGCUUCAACCUCAACCUGUCCUUGCCUUACUGUUUCUCAAUGCCGUCCUUUUAGAGAACUUCAAGUAGUGCACGGAAGGUGCCAUUCACUACGCAGCUACAUAUUUUCCAGCUUGUUUGCAUUCCAGUGAAUCGUAGAGGUCCAAAUUUUUGAUUGACAGCUGUCGAAGCACCUGAUAACCGUCCAUCACCAACCAGUGCAUUUAUAUACAGAAUGUUUCUCCUCCUCCUCCAAAUGUGACUGUUUUAUACUCAUCAGAAUCCCUCUUUCCGUUCUACUCUUUAUGUGCCUGAACCCACAGAAGUUGUACUGAUAGUUUGAUUUUUCUUGUUUUGUUAUUCUUAUUGAGGUAAGUGAAGGAUGUAAGAUAAAAAGAUGUAAAAUAGCCAGGAUUAACCGAUUCAAAGGUGCCAGAUUUUGCGCUUUCGCGGGGCCUAUUCUGUCGGUAGAGCCCCUGUAAAGACGAAAAAUGCUCGAUAUCUUGAAAUGUUCUAAUGUUUUAGAGUUUUUAACUUGUUGUCAAACUGCUUUUUAGUGUCAUUCUGUAACUAGGUGCCUAAGGGCUGAGCACUAUUGAUUUACGCUUGAAAGUAGACAUGAGCUAAUGUACUUCUGACUAGUGUGCAGUGUUGAUGUGUGAGGGAUGGGACACGCACAGCAGGCUCCUGUACAGCACACCUUACUGUUGUGGACGUGACGCCGCUCCGGGCCGUGCUGAGUGCUCAUAUGUUCUUGUUGUUUUUUUGUUUUUUUUGCAUGUUCUGGCUUUCAUUAAGCCAAGAAACUGAUUUCCUGUGUUAGUUCUUAUGUCAACGAGGUCUUGGCAACCAGUCGCCGUCUUUCUGCAGCCUUUUUCUUCCCCGUGACUCAACGCUCACGCUGACAUGGACGUAACCGGGGUCCAGUUACAUACAUGUAGAUUAAGACUAAUCUGUGCUUUAGACUGGUUUUCGAAUUCUGGUCUGAUGAAGACCUUCUCCUGCAUAGACCCAUGUGUUGCAACACUUGAGAGAUAGCUUUAGCUUUAGUUAAUACUUGGACACAUCAGUCACUCUUUGGUUUGUCAUUUGAAGUCUAUCUUAAAGUUUAAGCCAGUCUUUAUAGAAAUGGCCCCUGACUCACUCACACGUACGCAGACACAGACACACAAUGUAGGUAUUCAAACUUACACCACCUCUGUGUUUGUGCUUUCAACCCCAGUUUUUCAGGCGUCCUCCCCUCUGAUCUAACUGCAGGCCUAUAGAAGGCACAGGCUGUCAGCAUUAUCCAUGGUAUAUAUAUGUUUAAAGAAUCCAAAGCAUGUCUCUGAAGAAUUCAAAGAUGAGACAUCAGCAUUGUAUUGACUCUUAUUUGAGCUUCCCUCUCUUCUUAUAGACACAGUCUACACUCAUUCUCACUACUGCCACACUCAAGGGUGUGUGGGUGAAGCGAUCGGAGGUGAAGUCCUCACAUACAAUCUGGCUCUCGUGAGAGGAAUAGUGCGCUUCUUGUAUUUUCUUGUUUUCUGUGUCACUCCUUCCUCUCCGUUUGUCUCUAUCUGUCUUUCAUUCUUCUCCUCCCUCCCUCCCUGGCUCAUUUGUUGUUUCUGGCUGUUGCCGCGGAGACAGACCCCUCCACUCUCACAGGGUUCUGCUUUUUGUUUGUCAUGGCAACGCUUGUCAGAUUGGAGGUUGCCAUUGGCAACCUGUCCUGACCUGGUGCUAUUUAGUACAGCUUUGCGCCUGCACACAUGCACACGCACACACACAAACACACACACACACACACACACACACGUUUUUAUAAUUACUCUGUGACUGUGCUGCACCAUUUCUACAUAAUCCUGCACUGAGUUGUGUGGAAUCCAGAAUCCUUUGCUGCUGAAAAGAAUCUAUUAGAGUUGAAAGCGCACCACAGAAUACUGUAGAAACACACACACACACACACACACACACACACACACACACACACACACACACACACACACACACACACUGUCACUUAGAGCCCUUUGGGGGACAUUACGGGGACUUACAUUCAUGUCCUGCAGACUUACCCUAACCCUAACGUUAAGCGCUGACCCAAAAUUCUGCUUUUUCCCACUUGGGGACAUGGCUUUUGUCCCCAGUUGGACAAGCCGUCCCCAAUUAGCUGGUCUUUAGUCUGAAAUAUGUCCCCUAAAGUAGCCUAUGCCAGAAACGCACACAUCAAACAACCGUUGCCGUGAUGCAACACCCAUGCCUGAAGAAUCGACUUGGAUAUUAAAUGCCAGCUGUCAGCGCUGGCGUCCUCGCCGUGUCCCAUGCCUCCUCGAUUUACACACACUAAAACACACACGUAUACUCCUUCAAUGCUCUGUCAGCUUGGAUGCUUUUCUAUGCCAUAUUAUGCUAAUGAUAUAUGAGUGAUAUGUAUGUACGCAACGUGCUGCAGACUGAGAGGAGCUUCCUUCCGUUCUGAGGUUGUUGAUGCUGUUGAACACCUUAUUGCCCCUGCACCCCUCCGUCCCCCUCUGUAAGCCUUUCCCCUUUGUGAAAGUGAAACUGUGUGAUGGUAUUUGUCUUGGUGGCUGUGGGGUUUCUGGGAUGCUUACUCAAUAUGGAAAAAGUGUCAAAUCCCAUGGAUGGUGAUGUAAAAAAAAAAAAAAGAA